AAGAAAUUGUCGAUUUUCUUUGCAUCUAAUGCUUUUGUACACGUAAGGCGAUCGAUACCAGAUGACGUGUAUCCUGCAUAGAUAUAAGCAAACAUGGGACAGACUAAAUCGAUAGAGCUACUCAUGGUGAAGUAAAUUAACAAACUCGGCCAGCUGGUAAUAAAAGAUUAUGGUUGAAAUAUACUAAAGCAAAACAGAAUGACAACGGAGGGGACAUCCCUUUCUCAGGGCACUACAAUAGAUGCCUCUGUUUGUGAGACAGAUAGUUUAGAAGAUUUAAGAGUUAUCCAAGAUGUCACAGAAGGACCUGCGUACACAAAAGAAGAUCAAGAUGUUGCAGGGUAUAACGUGAAUGAGGAUAGUCCAAACAAAAACAAAGCAAAUGGUGAAUGUGACGACAACAACCAAACAAGCCAACUCACUGACAGUAGCAAAGGAAGUACGGAAAGUAUAGACAAAGUCACACCGAGGGAUCCUUCAAGACAGAGUUUAGAAAAAAAGGGGGAAAAGAACAAUUUUCUUGAGACCAAUAAUGCAUCUUCCAAUAGUGCAUCUAAAUUGUUUGAUUAUAAAAUCAGAAGACGUCGCACUAUAGACGGAGUAAAUGCAAUUCCAAAAGCGAGUUCCACAAAGGAUCUGCAUCGCCAAACGUCUGACUUUGGGCGGUCAUUUCUUCCACGACCCAAAGGAAGCACAUUGAAUCUCUCUUCCUCUGGAGAAAAUCCUCCAUGCGUUCGUGAGACGUUAACUAGUAGACUAAGAUUUGAAAAGGGGCACUUGUCCCACGAACUGCAAGACUGUGACUGCAAUAACUACGUCACCCCAACACAGCGCAAGGAAAUGGAAAUGAAGCAGCUUAAGAAAGAGGUCAAACAGCUAAAGAAAGACAUUGCUGAGAGGGUGGAGGAGAUUGACUUGCUGAAGAACAAUAUAGACAAAGAGGCGGCGGAACUUAUUGAGUGUAAAAAUAUUAAGAUUAAGGAAAUUCGAGAGGAACUUGAUUCUAUGACCAUCAGUCAGACUGAAUUGAAGUCCUCCUAUGAUGAAGCGCUGGAAAAGAUUUCAUCCCUGGAAGAGACGGUUAAAAAUCUUAAAGCUAUAAUUGCCGACAGGGAACAAAAGAAUGCAGAAAUGUAUUAUGAAAUGUACCGAAAAGGCCAAGAGUCGGCAAAGUUUGAAAGGAAUUUUGAGAUUGAGAGAAUAGCCGCCAUGUCCGGCAAAGCAGCACCUGUAACAACUCGUGAACUGCUGGAGAAGUUGGUGGAUACAGAGGCGGAAUUAGCCAAAUGGCAGUCAUUCAGGCGCCAAGAGUCCUACGACAGUGCCGAGAGACCGGAAACGGAGGCCGCGGCCAUUUUGAGGUUCCUAAAGGACUCUUUUUACCACUAUAUUACCGAUCAAAAACAGUCGGACAACCACCUUCGUGCCAUGAUCCGAAUAUUUAGCUAUACAGAACCACAAAAGAAGAGAAUAGCUAGUGCCAUAGCUGAGAGAAUGAACAAGAAAAAUAGCCUGUGAAAAAUGAAAAUAGUUAACAUUUUACGUCUUUGGUCUUAAUGAGGAUGCGAGCCAAAACUUCUUAAUAUGUUUCCUGGAUUUUUAUUACAUCAAGACAUGUUAAGAAAUUCCUUAAAGAAACUGUUUUAACUUCUAUAACGUUGAUGAUCGUUCUUUGUACAUGUAUUUGCAUACUUUCAUUUUUCUUUCGUAUACAAGUUUAUGUACAUAUUUAUUUUGAGUGUAUGGUCUGAAAACUAACGUUUGAGGACGUGGUUAUUUAGAAACACUGUGUAAGCAUCUAUUUAUGUAAAAAGAAAUGUUGCCUUUUAAUGUUGCAUAUGAUCCUCAUUUACCCCAAAAAUUACUUAUAUUAACAUUUUUCCUCAUAGUUACCUUGAUCAUGC